GCUACUUGUCAAAGAAAAUUUAGAGUCAUUCUAAGCGAGUGUCGAAGUGCUAACGAAAAAGUGGAAUUUAGUAUUAUGGCAGAAGAAAAUGUUUCCAGUUUGGAGGAAAUGCAACUGCAUGCUUGCAUUCAGACAGCGCUGAAUUGCCACUCCAAUUGUCAGAGGGAGACCAUUGCAAGGCUGCUGGAGGCAGGCAUUAAGAAGUGCACAACUCCAUAUGAGUCCUACGAAGAGGACCUGGUUAGGGCCAACCUCAUGUUGGCGGCCUGUUACAUCCACAUGGCCUUCAAAGAGCGCGGCAAGGUGCGUAAGGCCCUAGGGGCCAAGCUGGUGAGCAUUUUCAAGGCUCUAGAGGGCUACCAGGGAUCCAGGGAACUUAGCCUCCACCUAAUCACGGGCUACGCCCUGAUGGUGUCACCCAGCAAGGCCCAAGAGGCAGAUAACUUGUUUGCGGGAAUUCUCGGGCAGAAAUCGAACCACAUACUGGCCCUGAUUGGGCGUGGCUGCUUGGCUUUCGAUCGCAAGGACUACAAGGAAUCCUUGGGGUACUUCAAGAGUGUCCUGAUGGCAGAUCCUCAAGGACCCGCGGAUGUUCGCGUGGGGAUAGCCCACUGCUUUUGGAGGAUGGGUGACCUGGAGAGGGCCCAGCGCUUCUUCGAGCUGGCUCUGGAGCAGAAUAAACGCUGCCAGAAUGCGCUGUUGGGCAUGGCAAUUCUGAAACUCAAUCAACGCGACCCACGUCCCUAUAAAAAGGGCGUACGUCUCCUUAACGAGGCCUUCAAAAUUGAUAAGCAGCAUCCAGUUAUUCUGAAUAUUCUGGCUUCUUACUACUACUCCAUUGACGAUCACCAAACGGUGCUGACAUUGGCUGGAAACGCCAUGAAGCUGACAGACAUCCCGGAGCUGCUGUCCCACAUUUACUACCAGGUGGCCAGGAGUCACCAUGCCACUGGGGAGUUCGAAAUCGCCAGUACAUACUACAAGAAUGCCCUGCGCCUCGCACCCGAGACCUUCGUGCUUCCCCAAAUGGGGAAGGCCCAAAUGUACCUGCGGGUAGGAGAAUUCGAAAAAGCCAAGAUUUGUCUGGAAGCAUUCCUCCAGUCCCUGCCCAACGAGCCCAACGCGCUGCAGCUCUUGGGCCGAAUUCAUCUCAACGAAAUGUCCAAGGAGCCGCGGAAUGAACUACCCGAAAAGGAUUCCAGUGAGGCCAGGAAUAGUAGCGGGAAAAUGCUGAAGGAUGUCGAGAAGGACAUAGGUCAGGAGUCCAAGGAGGCUACCGGCGAGAGCUCCCGCAAAAGAGCUUCAAGCCAGCAAUUGGAUGGAAAUGGAUGGAUGGUGUCCAAGAAAAAGAAGUGAACAUUUAUGAGUUCCUAUUAGUUCCAUUUAUGAGUUCCUACGAAGAAGGCGAAACAACAAACCUGUAAUAGAAAUAAAUGGUUCAAUAAACAGAUUAAA